AGCUGCAAACAGAUGAUCUACGCCAGGGGAUACAGAUCCUACAUCUACGCUCCAGAUGGGAUCACACAGAAUGUUUGGUGGGUGUCGAGACAUGGUAGAAAAAUGCCAAACUGGGCCGAUACACCAAGCGAUCACCAAGGGUGUAGCUGCAGUUACGAAACUCCAUCUAAACCCUAUAACGCUUGCCCUGCAGGAGGACGGUGUAAUACGGACUAUUCGUAUUACGGUUAUUGGCAGGAAGAUUCCGGCUAUCUGACUGAUGUGAGAAGACUACCAGUUAUAAGAUUACAUACGGGAUUCCCAUUACAGUCUGGAACCAGAUAUCUCUACUAUAAUCUUGGUCCUCUCCUCUGCGAAGGACACUGGUCUUAGAGAUACCAAGAGAAGUCUGACUAAACUUCACCCACCCCCGAGAGAGAAUUUUAUUUAUAUAUUUCAACAGUAUUUUAUUAGGGUGCCCUUUCAACAAUAUGCUGGUAUUAAUAGGGACCCUAUAAUUAUAAAACAAAAAUAAUCAAAAACAAAAAUGGUAUAUACACAUGAUAUAAUAUACAAAAAUAAAAACAUAUACAUUUUUAAAUACAAAAGCAAGGAAUCGGUUGAAACAAACUGAAGGGAGGCCCGGGCGGAAGAAUUCGGUCGAACCCGAAAUUUAGAAAUCGUUUAUGAAUAGAAACUAGGUCCUGUUUCAUAAAGUGUUACAACUAUGGUAACUUUGCCAUAAUGGCAACCCCCAUGGCAAGCUUGAUUGUGAUUGGCUGCUGAGCCCUGUUAACAUAGGAGUAAGCCAUAACAAACAGUUAGUCCUUUAUGAAUAUGGCCACAGGGGUAGAUUCAGGAUUUCAUAUAUAAAUCCUGAAUUUUUACAACCAAUAUAAAGUAUUUGAUUAGGUCUAAAUAAAUAUUACUAGCACGAAGUGCGAAAUUGUUUGAUAUUCAUACAUAGGAAGUGACAUUUAAGAUACUUGUUGAAAUCAUUAUGAUGCGUAUCUAAUUAACUAAAUAAUUCAAUGUAAGCUCGAGGCGCAAGCCGAUUUUGAAAAAAAAUCUUUGCAGAAAAGGGGACAUUAUACGUUGUAAGGACUGUUCGUAGGAAUUCAGUACGUAUAUGUCAUAAUGAUUUCAUUGAUUCAAAGAGGCCUGAAAUUGUUUGAUAUUCAGACCUAGAAACGAAACAUUUUAUUAUU